AUGGCCCUUCCUUCGCUCAACAGUACGACUCCAGCACACGCCCAACCCUCUCUACCGGCGUUGCCCGCCCAUUUACAGUCAGAUACGCAUUUGACAGCACAUCUUGCCAGUCGUUUCCAUGUCUCCCUGCCAGUGUCAAGAUUAUCAUCUCAAGCACUCAUCUCCCUCAACACCUACACUUCCUCCUCAAAGGGUCCCGAUGGCAGCAAACAAGGAAGUGCCAUGGGCGAGGCCGAAGAAUUGGCGAGAAGAGCUUGGUCAAGAUUAGGAGGACGGGGAGAGAAUCAGGCUGUGGUCUUUCUUGGUGAAUCUGGCUCCGGCAAGACCACCAUACGCUCGCACCUGCUUUCUUCAAUCCUAUCCUUCUCAUCCACGCCGCUUUCUACGAAGCUUUCUCUUGCGGCUUUCGUAUUCGACACACUUACGACCACGAAAUCUCUCACCACGCCGACUGCAUCAAAGGCUGGACUCUUUUUCGAAUUGCAAUAUGAUUCCUCGUCAACGAUGAAUCCUACGCUCAUUGGAGGGAAGCUGUUGGACCAUCGAUUGGAACGAAGCAGGAUCGCUUCGGUCCCGACUGGCGAGCGAAGCUUCCACGUCCUAUACUACUUGCUGGCCGGAACGAGCGCUGCAGAGAAAGCGCAUCUUGGUCUUGAAAACGCAGGUGUGGUGGCUGAAAGCGGUGUCUCCGCCGGCAAUAGGUCAUCUGGAAAUAUUGGUCACAAGAGGUGGCGGUACCUAGGUCACCCUACGCAACUCAAGGUAGGAAUCAAUGAUGCCGAAGGUUUCCAGCACUUCAAGACAGCCUUACGAAAGCUCGAAUUUCCACGAGGUGAUAUAGCAGAAAUCUGCCAAAUUCUUGCCAGCAUCCUCCAUAUUGGGCAGCUGGAAUUCACGACUAGUCAAUCCACUCUACCUGCCGCCGACGAUAGUGGCGGUUAUUCCCACGAAGGUGGCGAGACAGUGACCACUGUGAAAAAUAGGGAGGUUUUGGGCAUAGUCGCUGCAUUCCUUGGAUUGAGCAUUCAGGAUCUCGAGACCAGUCUCGGCUACAAGACAAAGACGAUACAUCGGGAACGAGUCACAGUCAUGCUUGAUCCUAAAGGUGCUCGAGAGAACGCGGACGAGCUAGCACGGACCCUCUACUCUCUACUUGUAGCGUAUGUCAUUGAGCAGAUAAACCAGAGGACUUGCGCCCUGGAGGACUCCGUUGCAAACACCAUAUCAAUUAUCGACUUCCCGGGAUUUGCGCAGUCUGCGUCAACAGGUUCUGUAUUAGACCAGUUGCUUAACAACGCCGCAGCUGAGUCGCUGUACAAUUUCGCGUUGCAGAGUUUCUUCGAGCGCAAGGCCGAUCUGAUGGAAAGUGAGGAUGUCAGCGUGCCAGCAACGAGUUACUUUGACAAUACCGAUGCUGUCCGCGGUUUACUCAAACAUGGCAAUGGACUUCUUAGUAUACUCAGUGACCAGAGUCGACGUGGCAGAACAGAUUUACAGCUUUUGGACAGCCUCAGAAAGCGAUUCGAGAACAAGAAUCCUGCAAUCACUGUGGGAAGUGCUACUGCUAAGAUGCCGGGCAGCAACUUCGUCACACAGAAUGCCGCCGCAUCCUUCACGGUGAGACAUUUUGCUGGUGAGGUCGAUUAUCCGAUUAACGGACUGGUCGAGGAGAACGGAGAAGUAAUCCCGGGCGAUCUGAUGAAUCUGAUCAACUCCACCAAGAGUGAUUUCGUCCGUGAAUUGUUUGGGCAAGAAGCGCUUCAUACCGUAAUGCAUCCAAGCGAAAAGACUGCUAUCAUGCAGGCCCAAGUCAGCUCGAAGCCACUGCGAAUGCCAAGUAUGGCCCGCAGGAAGGGCGAACGACCAGGGAGGCUUGCUGCACGUACGACUAGUGCUACUCAAUCUAAUGAAGAUGCUGAUAGCCAAGCCGGUGAUCUUCGUAAGAGGGCUGCUGGAGGACGUAAAGGUAAUGAUCGUCUAGGCGGCAUCGACCAAGGUGCUUCCGGCCAGUUCUUGUCGUCUUUGGAAAAUAUAACGAAGUCUAUCUCGUCCACAGAUACCAAUCCUUACUUUGUCUUCUGUCUAAAGCCAAAUGAUCGCCGCAUCGCCAACCAGUUCGAUAGUAAAUGUGUCCGAGCCCAGAUUCAGACAUUUGGUAUUGCUGAGAUCAGUCAGCGAUUACGAAACGCAGACUUCAGCCUUUUCUUACCAUUUGGCGAAUUUCUUGGUCUUGUCGAAGCACAUGAUACUUUGAUGGGAAGCGAAAGGGAGAAAGUAGAGGCCGCUUUGAGUAAAAAGAGAUGGCCCGGAAACGAGGCCCGUGUAGGCACCACCGGCGUAUUUCUUAGCGAAAGAUGCUGGGCAACAAUCGCAAAGUCCAGCGAAAAAGGUUUUACUGGCGGACGCUUCUUUGACGCAGACGUCAGUGAUGUUGGAGAGGAGGCAUUGACCCCAAUGGAGACUCAGGAUCGAGGCGUUGGUGACUCCCGAGUCAAUCUUCUGGCAUCACAACAGAAUAUGCCGAGCCCAGGUGCUUUCAUAUACGGUGAUGAAACUAAGCAAGCGGCAUACUUUGGUGGUCGAGAGGUGGACGGUCGGUCCGAUGCCGGUGCUUCUGCUUUCAACUCCGGUGAUAUGUUCCGCAAUCUAGAGACAAGGGAGCAAAUGGCCGAGAAGGGCAACAAGAAGAAAAUGGUAGAAGUCGAUGUUGUUCCCGUGUCCGGAAGUCGACAGCGCUGGGUUGCUCUGAUUUACCUCUUGACCUGGUGGAUGCCAGAUUUUCUAAUCAAAUGGGUCGGUGGCAUGAAACGAAAAGAUAUUCGAAUGGCAUGGCGCGAGAAGUUUGCCAUCAACCUCAUGAUCUGGCUCAGCUGUGGCUUCGUCAUCUUCUUCAUCAUCCUCUUUCCCAGGCUCAUCUGUCCCAAACAGAAUGUCUACUCAGCGAAUGAGCUCUCGAAUCACAACGGCAAGAACGGCCAGAGUUCAUACAUUGCUAUCAGAGGAAUGGUCUAUGAUUUGGGGGCUUUCAUGCCAAAUCAUUACCCUUCCAUAGUUCCGCAGACGGCCCUGAAAAAGUAUGCUGGGAUCGAUGCCACGGAUCUUUUUCCAAUGCAGGUUUCUGCACUCUGUCCCAAUAAUAUCGACCCCAGUGUUCAGCUCAGCUAUGCUCCAACGAACGUAUCAGGCUCUGCGAACGUGAUCAGCAGCACAGACAGCAAUUCAAAAUACCACGAUUUCAGAUACUUUACAAACGACUCACGCCCAGAUUGGUGGUACGAACAGCAAAAAUCUCUGCAAGCCCAAUACAAAAAGGGUGAGGUUGGUUAUACUCCUCAAUAUGUCAAGACGCUGGCAACCAAGAAGCAAUUUUCCAUCGCGACAUUGUACGGUCGGGUGUAUGACUUUACCGACUAUGUCAAAGGGGGUCGUCGACUGCAAGCCCCGCCGGGGACAAAGGUAUCAUCUGAGGCAAGCCCCGACUUCAUGAACCCUCUUGUGGUGAACCUUUUCCAAAUGAGCGCGGGUAACGACGUGAGCAAAGACUGGGAGAACCUCGCUCUGUCAUCAUCUGAUAAGGCAAUCAUGAAAGAGUGUCUCGACAACCUGUUUUUCGUCGGUUCGACAGACACGAGGAAUUCUGCUCGAUGUCUCUUCGCCCAAUAUAUACUCCUCGCCAUUUCAAUUCUCUUGGUUACUGUCAUCGGCUUCAAAUUCUUUGCAGCCUUGCAAUUCGGAAAGAAGAAUGUACCUGAGAACCUCGAUAAAUUCGUCAUCUGCCAGGUACCAGCAUACACUGAGGAUGAGGACUCUCUUCGCCGAGCCAUUGACUCGGCAGCACGAAUGAAGUAUGACGACAAACGCAAAUUAUUGGUCAUUGUCUGCGAUGGUAUGAUCAUCGGCCAGGGCAACGAUCGACCUACUCCGAGAAUCGUCCUCGACAUCUUAGGUGUGAAUGAAACGGUGGAUCCUGAACCACUAAGUUUCGAGAGCUUGGGCGAGGGUAUGAAACAGCACAAUAUGGGUAAGGUUUAUUCUGGAUUGUACGAAGUUCAAGGACAUAUCGUGCCUUUUAUGGUCGUCGUCAAGAUCGGAAAGCCCUCAGAAGUCUCGAGACCCGGCAAUCGAGGCAAGCGUGAUUCUCAGAUGGUAAUCAUGAGAUUCCUGAAUCGCGUGCAUUACAAUCAUCCUAUGAACCCUCUUGAGCUGGAGAUGCAUCAUCAAAUCCGGAAUAUCAUUGGAGUCAACCCAACAUUUUACGAAUUCAUGCUUCAGAUCGAUGCGGACACUGUAGUGGCUCCUGACUCUGCUUCACGCAUGGUAGCUGCAUUCCUUCACGACACCAGGCUCAUUGGGAUCUGUGGAGAGACUGCUUUAUCUAACGCCAAGUCCUCCUUCACCACCAUGAUUCAGGUCUACGAAUACUACAUAUCGCAUAAUUUGACAAAGGCCUUCGAGAGCUUGUUCGGUUCUGUAACUUGCCUACCAGGUUGUUUUACGAUGUACCGCAUACGCGCUGCGGAGACUGGAAAGCCUCUGUUCGUCAGCCGAGAAAUUGUUGAGGCGUAUUCAGAAAUCCGUGUAGACACUCUUCACAUGAAGAACUUGCUCCACCUUGGCGAGGACCGAUUUCUGACGACGCUCCUUCUCAAGCAUCAUCCGAAGUACAAGACCAAAUACACCUUUAACGCGCAUGCCUGGACCAUCGCACCCGACAGCUGGAACGUCUUCAUGUCGCAACGUCGACGGUGGAUCAAUUCGACUGUUCACAAUCUCGUCGAACUCAUUCCACUCCAGCAGCUCUGCGGUUUCUGUUGUUUCAGUAUGCGCUUUGUUGUCUUACUCGACUUAAUGAGCACCAUUGUCCAGCCUGUAACCGUGGCCUACAUUGGUUACCUGAUUGUCUUGAUCGCUAUCGACUCUGCAGUGGUACCAUUGAUGGCGUUCGUACUGUUAGGAGCCAUCUACGGUCUACAAGCCAUAAUCUUCAUACUACGGAGAAAGUGGGAGAUGAUUGGAUGGAUGAUCAUAUACAUUCUGGCCAUGCCUGUCUUCUCACUGGGUCUGCCACUGUAUUCGUUCUGGCACAUGGAUGAUUUCUCAUGGGGUAAUACCCGAGUUGUUACAGGUGAGAAGGGGAAACAGUUAGUUAUAUCUGAUGAGGGCAAAUUUGACCCUGCGUCGAUUCCGCACAAGAGAUGGGAAGAAUACCAAGCUGAGCUUUGGGACGCUCAAACUCAGCAUGACGAUAAGUCGGAAAUCUCUGGCUAUUCAUACGGCACGAAAUCGUAUCAUCCCGCAGCUUCAGAAUAUGGCUAUCCACCGUCAAGACCAAUGUCUCAGAUGGAGAUGCCGAAAUAUGGAUCACGUCUUUCACUCGCUCCAUCAGAGAUAGUGAAUAGAGGCUAUCAAGAGAACAUGGAGAUGUCUGACUUCUCGGAGUUGCCAAGUGACGACUCUAUCUUGGCGGAGAUCAGGGAAAUCCUGAAGACCGCCGAUCUUAUGUCUGUGACAAAGAAGAGCAUCAAGAUGGAGCUGGAGAGGAGAUUCAACGUCAAUCUCGAACCGAAAAAAGCGUACAUUGGUUCAGCGACGGAAGCUAUUUUAUCUGGGCAGCUGUGA